GGUGGUGGUGGUGGUGGUGGUGGUGGUGGUGGUGGUGGUGGUGGUGGUGGACAACAGGAGACGGAAGUCGCACGCUGACGGCACCAGGACAGCAACACCAGCAAGAUCAAAAUUUUCGGGAAAUUGAAGAGACAUAUCACACGUCCCAAUUUUUACCGCGACUUAACCUUGCAAAAAGGAAGUAUGCAGACGUUCGUCAAUGA